UAUUCAUCAUGUCGGCUGGACCGUAUAAUUAUUCGUAUAUCUUCAAGUACAUCAUCAUCGGCGAUAUGGGAGUUGGCAAAAGCUGCCUGUUGCAUCAGUUCACAGAGAAGAAGUUUAUGGCCAGCUGUCCGCAUACAAUUGGUGUUGAGUUCGGUACGCGCAUCAUCGAGGUUGAUAAGCAGAAAAUUAAGCUGCAAAUAUGGGAUACGGCUGGGCAGGAACGGUUCCGGGCGGUGACACGUUCGUACUAUCGCGGUGCUGCCGGUGCGCUGAUGGUUUACGAUAUCACGCGACGGUCAACCUACAACCAUCUGUCCAGCUGGCUGACGGACACUCGCAAUCUAACGAAUCCCAGUACUGUGAUAUUUUUAAUCGGCAACAAAUCGGACCUAGAAAGCACCCGCGAGGUGACGUACGAGGAGGCAAAAAAUUUUGCCGACGAGCAUGGCCUGCUGUUUGCAGAAGCUAGUGCAAUGACCGGUCAAAACGUCGAAGAAGCAUUUCUAGAAACCGCGCGAAAAAUCUACCAAAGCAUCAAGGAUGGCCGACUCGAUCUGAACUCGUCCGAAACGGGCGUACAGCAUAAGCCGGCCCAACCCGGCCGAACGACGCUCAGUAACGAUGCGCAAACGAACAAGGAAAAUUGCUCCUGCUAA